UCAAAGGCUCAAACCUUUCUCUUCAACCCUAAAACCCUCCAAAGUCUUCGACUUUGGUUGAUCAGCGACUUUUUCAUUACCAAUUUCUCAACUUUCAGAUGUUUCUCUCUUCACCAUGAUCGAAUUCGUAACCUUUGCUUCAGCUGGGUUUGGAAUUUUGGUGAUUUCGGGACCUAAUUUCAGCCCAUUCUUGUAAUGUAUCUGAAAGAAGGAUGCUCCUUGCUGCUAAAACUUCACAAACCCACAAGACCCCUUGUGCUCAGCACAAACCCAGUUCCCAGCUUAAACCCUAAACCCCGAAUUGAACCCACCCAAAUUCUCAAAGAGUCUGAUGUGUUGCAGAGGUUGAAGCAUGAGCCCCAAUUGGGUUUGGCAUUGGAAUAUUUCAGGUCCAUUGCCAACUCCAGAGCUUUCAAACACACCCAAUUGACCUACCAGGCCAUGAUUGAGAAGCUUGGGAGCCAAUGUGAAAUGGAUGGUGUGCAGUACUUGAUGCACCAAAUGAAAUUGGAGGGGGUUGGUUGCUCUGAGGAGUUGUUUAUAAGUGUGGUGAAGUCUUACAGGCGAGCUGGGUUGGCUGAGCUGGCAUUGAAGAUGUUCUAUAGGAUAAACGAAUUCGGGUGCAAACCCACUGUGAAGAUUUACAAUCACUUGUUGGAUGCAUUGCUUUGCGAGAAUAGGUUUCAGAUGAUCAAUCCCAUAUAUGGUAACAUGAAGAAAGAUGGGAUGGAUCCGAAUGUGUUUACGUAUAACAUUCUGUUGAAGGCAUUGUGUAAGAAUGAUAGGGUGGAUGGUGCACACAAGUUGCUUGUGGAAAUGUCUAAGAAGGGAUGUUGUCCUGACUCGGUGAGCUAUACGACUGUAGUGUCUGCAUUGUGCAGGCUUGGGAAGUUCGAUGAAGCGAGGGAGCUUGCUUGUAGAUUCGAACCCAAUGUGGCUGUUUAUAAUGCUUUGGUAAAUGGGUUGUGCAAGGAGUCCAAAUUUGAAGAGGCAUUGGCAUUGCUGGUUGAAAUGGCGGGUAAGGGAAUAGACCCUAAUGUCAUUACAUACUCGACGAUUAUUAGUUCUUUUUCUGAUAUGAGGAAUGUUGAGUCUGCUCUUGCUGUUUUGGCGAAAAUGUUUGUGAGGGGAUGUAGGCCUAACGUUCACACCUUUACUUCCUUGAUAAAGGGUUAUUUUAUGGAAGGCAGAGUUAGUGAAGCUCUUGACUUGUGGAACCGCAUGGUUCGUGAGGGAUUUGAGCCCAAUGUUGUUGCAUAUACAACUGUUAUACACGGUCUCUGCUCUGUUGGGAAUAUGCGUGAAGCUGUAUCUGUUUUACAUGAGAUGGAGAUAAAAGGUUGCUCUCCAAAUGUGAGCACAUAUAGCACUCUUAUUGAUGGGUUUGCAAAAGCUGGCAACCUUGUUGGUGCAUCGGAGACUUGGAACAAUAUGAUGAGCCGUGGUUGCCGUCCUAAUGUCAUAGCAUAUACGUGCAUGGUGGAUGUUCUGUGCAGGAAAUAUAUGUUUCAUCGAGCUCAAUGUCUUUUAGAAAAUAUGACUGCCGAAGGCUGUCCACCAAAUACAGUUACAUUUAACACAUUUAUCAAAGGGUUGUGUGAAGAUGGAGAAGUAGAUUGGGCUGUUAAGGUGCUCAACAAGAUGAGGGAAAAUGGGUGUUUGCCUAAUAUUACGACAUAUAAUGAGUUACUGGAUGGUCUGUUCAAGGUGAACAGAUUUGAAGAAGCAUUUGGACUUGUCAAGGAGAUUGAUGAAAAGGGACUGAAACUGAAUUUGGUAACAUACAACACCAUUUUGAAUGGUUUUUGUCGCGCUGGGAUGACCAAAGAGGCUAUGCAGGUUUUUAGCAACAUGCUAACACGUGGAAUAAAGCCUGAUGCCAUUACAUAUAACAUACUGAUAUAUUUCUAUUGCAAGCAAGGCAGGAUAAAGACUGCUACUGAGCUUUUCAACAGCACUGGUGCAGCAAAGGAAUGGUGCCCGGAUGUAAUAGCUUAUACUAGUCUUCUAUGGGGGAUUUGUAACUCGGUAGGUCUAGAUGAGGCCAUGGUUCAUCUUGAUAAGAUGAUAAGGAAAGGUAUCUGCCCCAACAUUGGCACAUGGGAUGUGUUGGUGCGGUGCUUCUUUAGCAGCUUAGGUCAUUUGGGGCCAAUCUACAUACUGGAUGAUAUUCUUCGUGAAGGAUAAGAACCAUGAUCUCCCAUGUUCUUGUAAGGAAUCGUCUGUUAAUCCAACCUGUUGAUGAAAUGACAGAUGCAAAUCCCAACUUUAAUCAUCUGCCGUGACAUUUUGUUUGCUUUCCUAUGCCAUGAGGAAGCCCGAGGACUAACAGCUCGGUGCAACACUGAACAACAUAUGGGCGCAAAGGCCGGUGCACCAGGCUAGCUUGGAAGGUGCUUAUACAGUGAAAUCCUGUUACCUGUGAACGUCUAGAGUAGCAGCUCAUAUGGCGAUUCGUGGCUUUCAGAAGUUUCACAUGCUGUGACGCUUGGCCUUGUGAUGACUGUAAUGGCAAUUGUGCUUUUUCUAGACCAUGGUGAUGCAAAAUGGUUACGGCAGCAAAAAUUACUGGUUUAAGGGCAAAGGUCAAGGAAAUCAUGUUGUUGCGCCUAGUAACAGGUCACCGGAACCGUCCUAUGCACUUAUCUUUCCUGUAAUCCACAUGUUCUUUCGCUCUUGUCGGAUAGAAAAUGUAAUGCAUGUGAUUUGCACAUUGUGUAUGUAUCAUGUUUGUAAUAGAAAACUUGGGAAUUUAUUCAACACAGUAUAACAAUAUAUUUUUGCUGUA